GUGACAAUGCACUGGGCAUCGCACGUUCCGCGUCCCAAGCCGGGCCCUGAUUGCCAGGACUUUCGAAAGCUGAAUCGGGCUGCCGCCAAGUCUGGGAUCAGGCAUGCUCGAGAUCUCGCAGAAUUCAGGAAAUCAACCGAUAUCAAGUUGGUACCGCCCGGUCCGCUUGGUGUGCUGCCGAAAGUUAUCCCCUCGGACGUCAUCCCUUCGUUUGCUUACGGAACAAAAUCACGACCUUCCACCCCAAUAACUCACGUUAUCGGCAACCAGUAUGCGACAGAGUCAGAAGAGGCUUUGGCAGUUCAUUACAGAGUGUUGGAGGAGAAUCAGCAAAAGCAGGAGCGUCGGCUUAUCAAGCUGACAAAGGCUUCCAAAGAGCGCAUUCAUGAAGCCCGUCAAAGGAUGAAGGAGUGGCGCAACCCACAGGAGCCUAAGGAGCCGUUCAAGCUGACAAAGUUCAAGAAGGUCACAUCAAAGUUGAAGCUUCCCGGUGGUCUUCGUGAGUGUGCUUCGGCUCCGGCUUUGCAGAGAUUGCCGGAUGAGCAGCCAGAGGCGCUUGCUCACACAGUGCCAGUUGCCCAGGAAGUGCCGGAAGAGUGA